AUGGGCUGGGGGCCGUGGGCGCUGCUGGCGCUGCUCUGCGGGGCGGCGGGAGCGGCGGCCCCUCUGCGCUGUAACGUGAGCCUGGACAGCCCGGCCGAGCUGCGCUGGCUGCCCGUGCUGCGGCACUUCCAGCCCGCCUUCCUGCGCUCCGCAGUCCGGCGGAUCAUCGACGAGAGCGUCCCCAAAUGGGUUCACCAGAUCGUCCAGCCCAUAGCGGCCGAACUGGAGCUUUUCAUGCCGCAGCCCUUCGCGGGAGAGAUUGCGGGGAUGUGCAAAGCACUGGGGAUAAGUCUCGGAGAUGGAAUCCUGUUGAACUUCGCCUACGAAUCCACGGCGUUCUGUACCAGCAUUGUUGCUCAGGAUGACAGAGGGAACAUUUACCACGGUCGGAACCUGGAUUAUGAUUUUGUUGAUAUACUGAGCAAGAUCACGCUGGAUGUGCAGUUCAUAAAGGGUGGGCAGGUUGUGUACCAAGGCACCACGUUUCUUGGUUAUGUAGGCUUAUGGACUGGGCAAAGUCCGCACAAGUUCACCAUCUCUGGAGAUGAACGAGAUGGUGGUAGAUGGUGGGAAAAUGCUAUAGCUGCUUUCCUCAAUAGGAAUUACCCUGUCAGCUGGCUUGUGCGACAUACCCUGAGUGAAGCAGAGGAUUUCCAGUCUGCUGUUGUGAGGCUGGCUGGCAUUCCCAUCAUUGCUGAAGUUUACUAUAUUGUGGGAGGCGUCUCACCCAAAGAAGGCAUGGUCAUAACGAGGAACAGAAGAGGGCCAGCAGAUCUCUGGCCUCUCGAUCCCUUAGGUGGAGCGUGGUUUCGUGUGGAGACAAACUAUGAUCAUUGGACUACUCCUCCUCCUUUUGAUGAUCGCAGAACUGCAGCCAUCAAAGCUCUCAACACUACUGGACAGCACAACAUCAACUUGGAUACACUCUUUAAGGUGUUGUCAGUGAAGCCAGUCUUAAACAAUAACACGGUGUACACCACAGUCAUGAGUGCCGCGCUCCCGGAUCGGUACCAGACCUGGAUGAGAACUGAGGAGUAAAGAGGUGGAAGUGGCAGAGGUGUAAGUGGCAUCUGUACUUAAACAAUCAUUUUAGCUGCAGAGUCACUGAGGGGGAAAAACCAUUGUAGUGGCACUCUGGUGACCCAGUCUGAAUUCCUGAUUCUGCUUGUUUAUUGUCCUUGGAUAAAUACCUUCCCUUGAUGUUUUAGAGGGAGUUAAAUACUGACUCUCCUAGUGAAACUCUUGGAGAUGAUCUUACAGUUUUGAUCAGAGAGGAAGGGAUGGAUGUUGCAACCUAAAGGUAGAGGUUCCCUCUGGGAAUAUUUUGGCUAUUUUUACCACUCCCCGCUAUGGCACUUGCUUGUCUCCAGGUGGAUGACAACAGAAAGCCCUGCCAGGCCAAAUGGAAUCCCAUGAGGAGGGGACAGCGCAUUUAGCACCAAGGAAGACCAAACUUUGUUGGUAAAGGCUGCUCACCAGUGACUGCAUGUGUGAGCAGCUUCCUUUGGGGGCCUUGUCCUGUGAAUGAGCAGAGUAAGUCCAAGUUCUUGAGCUCACAAGGUGCCUCAUGGGAUAGCUUCAAAGAGAUGUUAUGAGAACUUCUAUGCCAAGAAACUGGUUGCAUGGCCUUGGCAAGAGCACAAGAAUCUGUGUUCCAGUUUAAAGAGUUUUUAAAAAAAUGUUAGUGCUAUUAUAUUUGUAGCAGUUUAGUCAGAUUUGAUUUUAGUAAGGUUAAUUCUUUGUAGAGGUUGUGUAGAACUUGUUUUUCACUUAACUCUGGACAAACCUGUGUUCUCUUGCCUAUUUUUCUAGUUCAACACAUGGAGUGAGAAGCUGAAGCUGUGUAAGACUAACAUAUGCUUUUAAAAUCACUCCUGGGAGCAGCACAGUGGCUUUGGUUCGUGAAUGAUGUGAACCAUUCAGGACACAGUGAUUUGUUAACUCUUUGCAGUGUUGCAGGUGAUCCUGUUAAUGAACUGUAAUGGAAGUUUGAAAUUUAUUGUAAUUAAAUUGAUGCUCUAAUAGAUGUUGAUGGGUAAAAAUGGCUUGCAUUAUUUUUGGUAAGAGUUGUGCAACUGCAAUGUACUUCUGUGCUGACUAAUAGACACAUUUUGUAAUUUAUAUAGCCUGUAGGUCUGAAAUAAUUAAAUAAAAUUUUUUUUUUAUGUAUUGUAUAUUUCUGUAUGAAAGCUUUUGGGGUUACUUCUAUGUCAUCAUCCUUUUCCCUCAUCUAUGAGUUGUUGAUCCUGGGCCUAGCAGGAGCAGAUGCAGCAGUCAGCAGCAUGCAGAGCUGUAGACUAUAGGUAUUUAUCAGAAAUCAGGAGCUGUUUCAGGAACUGUGGUAAUGCACUUUUCUCCUUGGUAGAUGAGAGGAGGUUGUGUUGGGUAGCAGUGAAAUUAAAAAAUGGUUGUGUUGGUUUUUUUGCAUUCAGAUCAAGUUACCUGCAGUAAAAGCUAACAUCUUGUUUUACAGUGUAGAGCAGUGGGGUUUUUGUCAGGUUGUGCUGUGACUGUAUACUGAGUUUAGAGACUUAGGUAUACUCCUGAAAUACUUAGGGAUUUGAAGAGCCAAUUGAUGGAGACCUUCAAGGAACGCUGUCGAGUGCCCUCCUUCACUGGACAAAAUGUCCCCUGUGUGAAGGUGACAGAGCAGCUUGCAGAUCCAUGCCGUGCUGACUGUGGUGAGUGUGGCCUGGUUAUGCAAACUGCUCUGAGAGCACCUUGGGGAGCUGCAGGCCCUUUAUCUCCUUGUGAGGAGUCUCAUAACCUGCUUACCUGCAUCCUCUCCUCCUGCCUGGAUCCAAGUGCUGCGAGCUUUGCCCUGACCCAGUUUAGAUAGCGAUGUACAGCAGCCAGAUGAUAAAUGUGAAGAGUUCCUGGAAGAAGAUUUUAAAAUGCUCGCUACCUUGGAUAUUGCAGAAUGCCAUUGUUUUUUCUAAUUCACAGAGCAGGCACUGAUUUGUGAUCCCACCCGUUUUUCUUUAAAUAACAGCCACCCACAGCAACAGGAUCCUUACAGGUGUGGCUUUGUGUGGUCAUCCUGACCUCUGCAGCAUUAGGCUGAUUAUCCUCUAGCAGGGGUGUGCCCAGAUGCUCUGGUACAUUAAUUUGGCCAAAUGUGUUUGUUUCAUUUGCUUUCACUGUUGUUUGUGGCUUGGCAGCUGUUUGGGGUUAUGAGGUUUGAACAAGUGCAGAAUGCAGAUUUUUUUAUUUGUCUUUAUAAACUACUUCCUUGAAAACCUUGCAAGAUGCUGACUGCCAACAAAAUAAAGUCUUUCUGCCACCUUGAAUGCUUUUUUGCUAACCCAAAGGAUACAUAAAUUCCUGGUCUUAGUAUAAUGACAAGCUAAAAAUAUAAAUACUGAUGAACUGGUUAGUGAUAGAUCUUACAACUUAGAUAAUUUAACCUGUUAGUAGCUAAGGUACUUGUGAUAAGUACUGAAGUUUGAUAAAAAUGCAGAGAUGUGAUUGUUAAUACUGUCAAUAAAACCAUCUUAAUGCUGGAAACAUCAAAAUGUAGCAAUGAUGGGUUUUUUUGGUAGGUUUGGAUGGUUUGUGGGAAUUUUUGCCAAGAAAGACUGGACCAAAACUUCCUGAGGGUAUUUCUCUAGCCUUGUAUUCUAUCACUUCAUCAUCAUUGCUUUUUUUGAAAAGGGAGGGUCAUUUAUAGUUAUUUGAAUAGCUUGCUGAUCAUAUUUUUGAGAUUUCAUCUGCUUUGUGUGUACAGUUUUUAAAGACUGGAAAGAACAGUCAUUUUGUUGCUUUCUUAA